AUGCUUUUGCGUUUUAUAAACGAAUUUUGUACAACACUUGAAUAUGUUGUCAAAUUCGACGAUGAUAUGGCAGUUAACUUGUAUCAGUUAAACGAAUUUUUAAAAGCGUUUACAUCAUUUCCUCCUACAAAAAUCAAUCCACAACGAGCUAUCAUCGGAAAAAUCUCGCCCAGACUUUCUGUGAUUCGAAACAAAAAAAAUAAAUGGUACUUAACCAAAGAAGAGUAUUCUGGCAACAAGUACCCGGUGUAUAUUCUUGGAGGCUUUUACAUAAUUGCCGCUCCAUUGUUACCAGACCUGUUUGAAGCAACUAAACAUUCACUGUUUCUGAAGUUUGAAGAUAUUUACAUGACCGGCCGGUUAGCAGAAAUUGCUGGUAACGUAAGCCAUUACGACAUUGGCGGGUAUUUGCGAAUGUAUAAGAAGGUUGAAAACCAAAAAGAUUUUCUAAAUCUGUCAGUAUUUGCAACGGGUGUUGAGAAUCCUAAACAUUUGGCAGAUUUAUGGAAAAAAUUAAUCAAUAUUCAUUACAAAAAAAGUUGA